UUCCGGGGGUGGGGGCGGGGUGAGCUUCCGGCGGGCGGCCCUCCCGGGUCGGGGUGCUGCGUUCCCCAGUCCGCCCGGAGGCCAUGGCGGACGGGCGGGGCUGGACCUGGCGGCCGGUGGCCCGGGACGCGCUGCUGGCGCGGGCCUUUCAUUCGUGCACCGAGCUGGGGGGGCGCUUCUACCUGGUGGGGGGGCUGCUGGCUGGGGGCGCGCGCGAGCCCAGCGCCGACGCGGUGCUGCUGGAGCCGGCGGGCGGCCGGGUGAUGCGGGCGGGCGGCGCGGGCGCCCCGGGGCGUAGCCACCACGACGCGGCUGCGCUGGGCGGCCGCUGGCUGUGCGUGGUGGGCGGCUGGGACGGGACGCGCCGCCGCGCCUCAGUGGCCGCGCUGGACACGGAGCGCGGGCAGUGGGAGGCCUGGGCACCCGCCGCCUGCAGCCGGGCCCCCGCCGGCCUCAGCAGCCACACCUGCACCCGCCUGUCGGACCGUGAGUUGCGGGUGGCCGGCCGCGAGGGCGGGACGCGCACGCAGCGCCGCUUCGGAAGCGUCUACACGCUCCGCCUGGACCCCGCCGCCCGCACCUAUUGCUACAAGGAGGAGGGCUGCCACACGGCCUCCCGCUCCGGCCACUGCGCUGCCCUUCUGCCCACCCCGGGGCGCCAGCCCGGACACCAGCUGCUGCUCUUCGGUGGGUGCAGCUCAGGAGAAGCAGAAGUUGCCGGCCACUGGCGUCCCGGGAAGAUUAAGGAGGAGCCUCCUGCGGCCCCCCGUUUGACGGAACAGCUGGCACGGCUUGUGAGCAGUGGACAGGGGUCGCUGCAGGGACCUCGGGGCCUGCGGCAUCACUCGUGCUCUGUGGUGGGGCCUUUUGCAGUGCUGUUCGGUGGAGAGACUCUAACGAGAGCUAGGGACCCUGUCUGCAAUGACCUGUACAUCUAUGACACCCGCCAAUCUCCUGCACUGUGGUUUCACUUUCCCAGUGCCAACCGCAGCCUGAAGCGCGUGGGCCAUCGGACCUGCCUCUGGGAGGAUCAGCUCUACCUGGUUGGUGGUUUUGGGGAGGAUGGCAGGACAGCUAGCCCAGAAGUAUACAUCCUGGAUCUCUUCACCUAAAACGGGGUGCCCGGCACACUGCUACCAACCCCAUCUUGUGCAGAUGCACAAAGCAUGGUCAUCAGAACUGUGUCUUCUUUCAAACGCAUUAAAUUCUGAUCUGAGCAUCAA